AUGGAAAUUUGCAUGGUCAACCGAGAAGAAAAAAGCAAUCCUCGUUCAAAUAAUAUGUAUCAAGAAAAUUCUGAUGAAUUUCAUUCAAAUAUUGAUCAUGAUUGCUUACGAAAGUAUGAUGAAAAUAAUGGACAUUUUUCUAUGGGUAUUAUAUUCGAAAAUCAAGAAGGAGAACAACAACGAAGAUCUAUUGGUUAUAGUUGUAUUUAUCGUUAUGGAACACAUAGAAUUAAACUUGAAUAUGAUAUAGAAAAUAAUAUUUGGAUCAAAAUUCCUUUAGAAUCGAACGAAGAACAAGAGAAUAUUAUUGAUUCUUUAUUUAAUAAUAAUGAAGAUAUUCGAUCUUUAUUUCAGUCUUUUACUCUUAAUCAACAAAUUGAAUUAAUUAUAAAACGAUACGAUAAACAUUUUGCUGAAAUAGAUCGAAUGAAAAAGGAACAAGAAUAUGAAAGUAAAAUACUUUUAUCACCAUCAAUCUUUACAGAAGUAAAUCCAUUGAAAAUUCUCGAAAAUGAUUUUAUCGAAUUAUCUUUACUUGAAACAUCUGAAGCAUUAAUAGCUCAUGAAAAUGAUGAGAAACAAAAUUACAAAAAUGAUUCAGAUGAAGAUUUUGUUGAUUUUGGUUUGCAUUCAUUAAUAACCGGUUCACGUCCAAAAUUUAGUGGUUUAGUUCCACCACCAGUUGCACCACGUCGUAGUCGUCAAAACAGUGCAUUUUCACAAAGUAGUGUGCGAUAUGCGUCAUUUAUUCCACCAUCAACAGCACCUAUUCGACGCCGACGUGUUAUUGAAUCGAUUCAUUUGCAUGUGGAACGAAAAAAAAAAUUGUUUGAAAAAAUUAUUGAUAUAUUAAAAGGAAUCGAGUCACCAACAAUGUAUCAAUUAGGUUUAGAAUUUUUACGUAUUUAUGAUGGAAAAUUCAAUUAUCCUGAAAGACAUAAAUUUGAUAUGCAUUAUCGAAAGAAGACAUGGUUUUUAACCAUAGAAAAAAUCACUUGUGUUGAUUGUCCCGCAGGUGAUAAUGGACCACGAUCUUUAUUACUACUCGAAUAUAAAGGUCAAUAUACAAGAGUACAUAUGUAA